AUGGCGAUCACGUUGUAGGUCCUCGGAGUGCUGUGCUAAUCUUUUGAAUUUAGGAAAGAAGUUUCGUUGGACCCCGCAAUGGAACAACCAGAGUAUGCGAAUGGACAGGACGAGUAUGUUUUUGCCUUUUCUUGUUAUGUUUUUAGGAAUUGCGAUGUGUGUAUGUUAUUCAUGGGAAUUGAAGGUAUCAGGGGGAAGACUUUAGAGAUGCUUGUGCUGGAGAUGCUUUGGUUGCCGUUGGAGGCAUUGAAGCACAUAGAUAGCGUUCAUUCGUUUAGAUUUAUGCUAAAUUCAUCUUGUUUGGUUUGCUUUACUUUAUAACUGAGCUAUUUUAUUGAAUGAAAUUUUUUCCUAUAAUCAACGUUACAAACGCCUUGAAAUUUUUGACAGAGCUGUGUGAAAACAUUUCUGAGCUGAUUGAAUUUGUUUUGAGGAGUAAAAUUUCUUCUCUUCUGCGGUUCUUAGCUGUUUUUAUAUAGUUCAAUAUCUAAAAUAUAGUUUUGCAGAUCCAUAUUUUCUAAGCCUUGUAUAAUCCGCAUCUUUCAGUCCGCAAGGUCCUCCUGGCCAAUUCCGUCCACGAUUUGUCGCUCCUCCACAGCAACAGCGCUCAUUCUUUCCGACUCCAGGUGUUGCACCAGGCGGACCUCGUCCUUACGGUAGUGUGCCUCCUUAUGGAUUCAACCGUCCUCCAGUUGCUGCGCCAGCCCCCAGGCCAAAUGCUGCAUCUCAAGCCGAGAAAUUGAAAAGGGUAAGUCUUUAAAAUUAUAUUGUUUUGGUUUUUAGAGGUCAAAUAUUGAAGGUAAUAUAAUUUUUGCUAUUUCAGAUAGCCGGAGUUCCUCCCGAGAAGGAGUUAUGGGUGGAGACCAAGACUGCAGAUGGAAGAUCAUACUAUUACCAUGCAAUUAGCCGGGAGACCGUCUGGGAGAAGCCGGCGGAUGCUGUUGUUAUGGAGCAAACCGAACUUCAAGGUCUCAUCGAAAAGAACCAAAGGGAAGAAAAAGAGGCGCAAGCUAAACAGGGUAAGGAUUACGGUAACUUUUCACGGGGUUUUGAAUUUUGUAAUUCACUUUCAGGCAGGUAAGGAUAAUAUAAUUUUUUUCUUUUAUUUAUGCAUCUCUUUUGUGGGGUUUAGUAACUUUUUGGCAGACACGUAAGGACAAGGAUGCGUUGGAAUUGGCACGCCAAGAUCAGAUGUUCCCGUCUCUCUAUGACUGUAACGUUAAUUAGCCAACGGCCGCACUGUGCGUUAUGACGCGUUUUGACUGUAAAAAUCAAAAAAAAUUUUUUUUUUCAUUGAUACCUUUAGAAAUCAAUUUUAUCGAAUAACGCACAUUGCAGCCGAUUUCUAACCUAGUUAAGAUGUUUUUCUAUUGUUUUGGAUGGAAAUUUCUAAAUUUUGUCGUUUCAGGAGCCUUUGGUCAGAAUUUCAACCCUCAGUAUCCUGGUGGUUUCCCUCCUGGAGGAUUCCCGGGACCAGCCGGCGAUCCAGCCAAGGCAUGGCAAGAGUUCUCGGCUCCAGACGGAAGAAAGUAUUAUUACAAUGCGAUCACUCAAGAAAACACUUGGACGAAGCCGGAUGCGCUGAAGGAAGCUGAAGGUAAGGGUUUUAUUUUUUUUGUUCUGUGUUUAGAUUGAAUGGAGCUGCUUGGAUCAAGGAGUUGAAGAGGAAAAUUGCAAAUUUUGGACUAAAAUAAUGUCGAUUUUUGAAGAUGGCACUUUUUUUGGGCGGAAAAAAUUUGCAAUAGAAUCUUAUGGACGUAGAAUGAAGUAUAUGAAGUAUACGUUCUAAAACUUCUGUUUUCAGCCGCCGGCGCCGGCCCAGCCAAGCAAUAUCCCCCAGUCCAGUCGACUGUCCCCAACCCGGUCCUCAACCCCGCUCUGAACCCCCUCCAAGCGCAGAACCCACCGUUUGCCCAACCAUUCACCGGCGCUGCGCCCAUGCAAGGAUUCGCCGGCGCUCCCAUUCAAGGCCAGCCCUUUGGAGGCCCGAUUCCCGGAGUUUUCAACGGUCAGCCAUUUAAUGGCCAAUCCCAACCCAAGCCCUCGGGCGAUGACAAAGGACGCCCAAUCUCGUCGAGUGCGGUCCCAGGAACCCCGUGGUGUGUGGUGUGGACCAGCGACCGCAGAGUUUUCUUCUUCAAUCCGUCAACGAGGAUCUCGGUCUGGGAACGUCCGCCGGAACUUUAUAACAGAUCCGAUGUGGACGCAUUGGUCGCAAAACCGCCGGAACCAAAGAAGAAACAACCCUCGGAGGAACCGGACUCGGACGCGGAGAAUAAUAUCAAGAUUGGAGAGGAUGAUGGGGACAGUGAUGAUUCGGAAAAUUCAGAACCGGUGAAAAAGAAGAGCAGAAAGGAGAAAAAGUAAGAUUUUUGCAUUUUUUUUUUUUGGUUUUUAGGAAUCCCGAAGAAAUUGGAGGAAGAUUUGGGCUAAAGAAUUGGAUGUCGGAGAAGAUGGGACCUUAUUUUAGGUGAAUGUUGAGCUAAUUUGAUCUUUAUAGAGCCCAAAAGCUCGCUGAUGAACGAAAACGACAAGAAGAGCAGAGAAAACAAGAGCAACAAAAGAAGAAGCCAGUAGAAAAAGAAGAAGAUCCCGCCAUCAAAGCCGAAAUCGAAGCCCGCGAAAAGAGAGCCAACAUCCCGCUGGAAGAACGAAUCCAAAUGUUCAGAGACCUCCUCAACGAAAAGAAUGUGAGCGCCUCCUCGACCUACCAAAGAGAACUCAGCAAGAUUAUUUAUGAUCCGAGGUACUUACUCUUGGCUGUAGAUGAAAGAAGAGCCGCAUUUGAUGCCUACUGUAAGGAGAAAAUUGAAAUUGAACGAGCGGAAAAGAAGAAAAAGGCCAAAGAAGCCAAGGAGCAGUUCAAAUUGUUGUUGGAGGAAGCGAAUCUGCAUGGAAAGUAAGUGAAAUUUGGGAUUCUUUAUGGGGUUUUUUGGGUUGGAAGAGUUUGCACGGUGCGGAAUAUUUUGAAAUUAUUUUGCACAGUGCGAAAAAUGUUUUUGUUGAAUUUGAAAAGGAUUUAUCGCUGCUGCACGGUGCUAUUUUAAAAGUGUUUUGCACAGUGCGAAAAUGUUUUUGGUUGGAUUUGAAAAAGAUUUAUCGCUUCUGCACGGUGCAGUGAAAAGAAAAAAAAAUGAGAUUUGCACGGUGCGGAAUAUUUUGAAAUUAUUUUGCACAGUGCGAAAAAUGUUUUUGUUGGAUUUGAAAAGGAUUUGUCGCGUCUGCACGGUGCAGAACAACAAUUCGAUGAUUUUGCACAGUGCGAAAAAUGUUUUGGUUGAAUUUGAAAAGGAUUUAUCGCUGCUGCACGGUGCAGUGAAAAGGAAAAAUUUUUAUCUGCACGGUGCAGACGACAAUUGGAUGAUUUCGCACUGUGCGAAAAAUGUUUUGGUUGGAUUUGAAAAGGAUUUAUCGUUGCUGCACAGUGCAGAUUUUUUUUUAUUAUUUUGCACAGUGCAAACAAUGUUUUUGUUGAAUUUGAAAAGGAUUUGUCGCUGCUGCACGGUGCAAAAAUAUUUUUUUUGUUUUGCACAGCGCGAAAAUUUUUUUCGCUGGAUUUGAAAAGAAUUUGUCGCUGCUGCACGGUGCAGUGAAAAGAAAAAAAUUCAUUUGCACGGUGCAGACGACAAUUCGAUGAUUUUGCACUGUGCGGAAAUUUUUUUGGUUCGAAUUGAAAAGGAUUUAUCGUUACUGCACGGUGCAAUGAAAAGAAAAAAUGUUGUUUGCACGGUGCAGACGAUAAUUUGCUUCUUUUGCACUGUGCAGUAAGCAUUUUUGCUGCCAAUGCACAGUGCAGAAAACAAAAAUAUUUUUUUUUGCACUUUGCAAAAGGUUUUGAUGAACUUGAUAAUGUCAUUCACCCUAUUUCAGAUCCACUUUCACUUCAUUUUCGUCCAAGUUUGGCAAGGACGACAGAUUCAAAGCAGUGGAAAAGAUGCGAGAUCGCGAAGAGAUGUUCAAAGACUUUGUCGCCGAACUCUACAAACAAGAAAAGGAGGAAAAGAGAAAGGAAAAAGAAGCAGCCAAAGAGAAGUUCAAGGAGUUGUUGAAGGAACAGCCCGAUCUCCACAGGAAGUCGAGAUGGUCCCAUUUGAAGAAAAAGAUUGAUUCGGAUGAAAGAUAUCGCCACAAAUACCUGGAUAGUUCGCUGAGAGAAGAGCUCUUUAGAGAAUAUGCAGCGACAUUGCCGGAGAAGGAAGUCGAGGUAGGGAUUUUUUGGGGGAAAAAUUUAUUUUUUUGGGGGGAAAAAAUGUUGUUUGGAGGAAAAAAUUUAUUUUUCUUCAGUAAAUGGGGUUGGUAAAGGUUCAGAAUAUUGUUUAUUAGAGAAAAUUUGAGUUUUUUUAGCAAAAAUAGUCGUAUUUUUAUAUUGUUUUAGAGUGAAAUUACUGUUUUUUUUUUGUUUUUUUUUGGUGAAAUAUUUGAUUCUAAAUUGAAAAAACUAUCAUUUUCUGGGGUUUUAAGACCGUAUUUUAGCGGUAUUGUGGACUUUAUGCAUUUAUUUUUUCAUAAACUUAAUGCUUCCCGUAUUUUACGCAAAAUUUUUUAGUUUUUCCCUCAAAAAAUGCCCGUAUUUUCAGCUAGAAGAAGGCGAAGAACCCGACGACGGCGAGCAGGAAAUGUCCGCCGCCGACAAGGCUCUGGAAGAAAGAAAAAAGGCGGUCGCGGAAGAACUUGGCGAACACAUGAAGGAACGAAAUAAAGAAAGCGAACGCCAAAAGCACCAAGAACAAGAAGAAUUAUUCCAAACAAUGCUUAUUGAUAUCGUAAGUUGAUUGGGAAAAUCAAAUUUGGGUUUUGGAAUUUUAUUUUUUUUUUUUGAAUUUUUUUAAAUUUUGCACUGUGCGAAAAAGUUGGAAAAAAUGCACUGUGCGGGAGAUUUUUUGUCCGCACUGUGCAGUCAAUUUUAGCAUUUUCAUAGAGUGCAUGGAGAAAAAAAAUUUUUUUUUUGGUUUUGCACAGUGCAUUUUGAACUUUUUCCCACGCUUGUCGCUAACGCACUGUGCAUUUUUCCCUUUGCGCACAGUGCAAAUCUCAAACAAAUCGUUUGCACUGUACAAAUUCUUUUUUUUUUUUUUUUUUUAAUUUUGCACUGUGCGAAAAAGUUGAAAAAAAAGUUUUUUUUGCCUUCGCACUGUGCAGCUUGAACUUUUUUCCCACGCUUGUCGCCAACGCACAGUGCAUUUUCCUUUUUGUGCACGGUGCAAACGUCAAAAAGAACCGUUUGCACUGUGCAGAUUUUUGAGCAAACCCGCGGCGCCGCAGUUGAGAAAAGCCCGUGUCGCAGCGAUAUUUCAAAUGCACAGUGCAAAACAAAAGAAAGGUGAAUGCACGGUGCAAAACCAAGAAAAAGUGAAUGCACAGUGCAAGAUCAAGAAAGGGUGAAUGCACAGUGCAAAACUAAGAAAAAGUUGAAUGCACAGUGCAAGACCAAAAAAAAGAUGAAUGCACGGUGCAAAACAAAAGAAAGGUGAAUGCACGGUGCAAAACUAAAAAAAGGUGAAUGCACAGUGCAAAACCAAAAAAAAGUGAAUGCACAGUGCAAAACUAACAAAAAGUUGAAUGCACAGUGCAAAACCAAAAAAAGAUGAAUGCACGGUGCAAAAAGUCGAUAAUUUUUGUGCACGGUGCGGACCGCGACAAAUGUCCAUGCACUUUCUGAAAAUGGUAAUAUUAAAUUUUUGACCGAAUUUUUUGGAUUUUUUUGCAAAUUUUUGCCAAAAAUGGGCCUUGAAAGAUGAUUUUUUAAAAAAUAUUACUUUUUGGAGUAAUUUUUUUUUAUUUUUCAGAUCAAAAACCCUGAUCUCUCCUACCACGAUGGCCGAAAACUGCUGAAAAAAGACCCGCGCUACGAUGAGAUUGACCUGCUGGAAAAGUCGACCAAGGAGCGCCUCUUCUCCGACCACACCCACAACCUGGAAAAGAAGCGCCGAGAGCAGUUCUAUCAAUGGCUCUCGGAGAAGGAGGAAAUCAACUACAGGACGAAGUGGCGCGACGCCCGAAAGGUCCUCGAAACCGACGAAAAGUACGAGAAAUUGGUGACAAGCGAUCGACGCGCCGAAAGAGAGUUCAACGAAUGGGCCAGAUUGACGAAGGACCGGAUUUAUGAAGAGUUUGAUGACCUGUUAAGGGAGACCAAAAUCAUCACGUAUCAGUCGCAAAAGACCAUUCAAGAGAAUGAACAACACUUGAAAGACAUCUUGGCGGUGUUGGAGGUAGGUGAAACAGGGAUUGGAGGAGUUUGAGAGGAUGAAAAAAGGAAUUUUUUUGGGGGGAAAAGUUGGAUUUUUGGUGAAAAAAAAUUUUUGGUAAAAUAUUUUUUUGAAGGAAAGAAUGGGUGGAAUAUGAAAUUUUUGGGUCAUAAAAAGGAUGAUGGAGAAAUAAUAGAGGAUUUCGAAGGGUAAUGUUGACGAAAAACGGGAUUUUUUGAAGGAAAAAUGGGGUUUUUUGGGGGAAAGGGGGAUUUUUUGGGGAAAAAAUGAAUUUUUGGUGAUAAAAAUUUUUUUUGAAGGAAAGAAUGGGUGGAAUAUGAAAUUUUUGGGUUAUAAAAAGGAUGAUGGAGAAAUAAUAGAGGAUGUCGAAGGGUAAUGUUGACGAAAAACGGGAUUUUUUGAAGGAAAAACGGGAUUUUUCUGGGAAAUGGGGAUUUUUUGGGGAAAAAAUGAAUUUUUGGCGAUAAAAUUUUUUUUUGAAGGAAAGAAUGGGUGAAAUAUGAAAUUUUUGGGUUAUAAAAAGGAUGAUGGAGAAAUAAUAAAGGAUAUCGGAGGGUAAUGUUGACGAAAAACGGGAUUUUUUGAAGGAAAAAUGGGAUUUUUUAGGGGAAAAAUUGGAUUUUUGGGGGAAAUUUGAAGUUUUGGCUAUAAAAAUUUUUUUUUGAAGGAAAAAAUGGUUGAAAUGUGGAUUUGUGGGAGCUAAAAGAGGUAAUGGAGGAAUAAUAUAGGGUAUUGAAGAAUAAUGUUGAUGAGAAACUGGUUUUUUUGAAGGAAAAAUGGGAUUUUUUGCGGAAAAAUUGAAUUUUUGGCUAUAAAAUUUUUUUUUGAAGGCAAAUAAAGGUGAAAUGUGGAUUUUUAAGGUCCGAGAUUUGAUGGAGAAGGGAUUUUCAAGGAUAAUUAGGGAUUGAAUUAAAGGAAAAACUGAUUUUUUUCAGCAAAAAAUUAGAUUUUUUUGGGAAGAUAUGAUUUUGAGGGAGAAAUAAUAAGUUUUUGUGAAAAAUCGGGAAGAUUUUUGGGUUUUAUAGAGGUUCCAAGGCAAGAAGAUUGAAUUUACGAUUAUUCUCGAGGUUAAAAUACGGUCUGGAAAUUGAAAAAUUUUCAUUUUUGAGUGAAAAAUGGUAUUUUUUGAGGAAAAUUGAUUUAUUUCGAAAAAAUUGUUGUUGGUUUUCGCUUUUUAACCUCCAAAUUUCAGAAUGACAAACGCUACCUAGUCCUGAACGAAGAGCCGGACAAAAGGGAACGUCUCCUCGAGAAGUAUUUGCAAGAAUUGGACCGAAAAGGCCCCCCUCCCCCGCCAACCGCCACCGAGGCUGACCGAAGACGGAAAUAA